UAUUUUAGGACGGUGUGGAUCCCCGUCCCCUCCGAUUCCGUCGGCGAAGCGCCGCCGCCGGCCACCGCCCUACCCUGCCUUCUCUCGAUCAGCCGCUCUCACGACGGGCUUGGAGAAUUGGAACAACGGCCUCGUGUUGCAAUCCAGUUCAGCUCAGUGUCUCUCCGCAGUUUCGUUUGUGGAGGAGUCCAAGAUCGCCGGCGGUAUAGGAUCUUCAAGUGCGGAGUACAUGCCGGAAUUUCAACAAAAAUUAUUGGAAAUUGAUUUCCCCUGCCAUGAACAGUUCUUGGCUUUUGUUCUAUGCAAGUGUACAGAAAUUUUCUUUGUGCAGUUCUUUUUAAUAAUUUUUAGUGCUGCCGUAUAAUCACUCGCUAAUCGUAGGUGUUGGGGGGAUUUGUAAUUUGUUGUGACUUUUUCACUAUGGCUGCGAUUGGUUGCCUUGCACUCCAAGCAGCAAAAUUCCAACCUUGUUUGAAUUGAUGUGGUCAAUCUGAUCUUCCAUGCCAAUUGGUGGAUUAUGCUGUUCUUUGCAUCGUUGUUUUGGAUAUGUCAAUGAACUAGUAAUAUUUUCUUGCAAGUUGGUCUGAAGGGAAGGUUCAUGGCUACUGCUCCUUUCCUGUAAUGGUUUAAAUCCACAUCUUUGAUGGACUCCCUUCAACUGUCAAAUUUAAUCUAAUUCAGUUUGGGAUGUAUAAAUAGGCACAUAGCAUGCUUGAUCACCCUUUACUUGUAGCCAUCAAUCUAUUCAAGAGAUUUGAAGCUGUGAAGUUUUAGUUAAUUUCUUGUAAAUUAAGCACCACAGAAUGGAGAUGCAGGAAGGAAGGAAAGGAAUACCAUCUUUGCUUUCAUCCCAGGGGGAGUGCAUUGCAUCCAACAUCACACAGCUGAUUGGUUGGACGCCACUGAUUGAACUGAAAAAUAUCGCAAAGAAGGACGGCAUAUCUGCUCGGCUGGUUGGGAAGAUUGAGCCAUACCAACCCCUUUCCUCUGUGAAGGAUCGAAGUGCACUCAGAUUGAUCGAAGAUGCAGAGGAGAGAGGCUUGAUCUCACCUGGAAUCACAACACUAGCAGGGGUCACAAGUGGCAAUCUUGGUAUUGGUGUGGCGUUUGUCGCUGCUCAGAAAGGCUACAAAUUCAUUGCUGUCAUGCCUGCUAAACUCUUAAUAGAUAAACAGAUCCUGCUGAGGUACUUGGGCGUUGAAGUGAUAUUAGUUGACCCUGCACUGAAUGGAUUCAAGGGGCUACUUGAUAGAGUAGAACAGCUGAAGAAGGAUAUGGCAAAUGUGUUUGUUAUAGAUCAAUUUACCAAUCCCGCUAACCCUGAUGCGCACUUCAGAUGGACGGGACCUGAAAUAUGGAAAGAUACAGUAGGCAAAGUGGAUAUAUUUGUAGCCGCAUCUGGUUCAGGAGGGACAAUUACAGGAGUAGGGAGGUAUCUCAAGAUGAAGAAUCCAUACAUAAAGCUAAUAUGUGUUGAACCAGCUGAAAGUGCAGUAAUUUCAGGAGGUGAGCCAGCAUUCCAUAACAUCCAAGGCAUAGGGCCAGGUUUUAUCCCAGAAAUAUUGGAUCGAUCACAAAUAGAUGAAGUAGUAACAGUGACCACUCAAGAAGCUAUGGACAUGGCAAGGAGGUUGGCAAGGGAAGAAGGAUUGCUCGUUGGGAUAUCUUCAGGGGCAAAUGCAGCUGCGUGCUUGAAGGUUGCAGCAAGGGAGGAGAACAAGGGCAAGAUGAUUGUGACGAUGUUCCCCAGUGGUGGGGAGAGGUACCUGAAUUCGGAGCUCUUUGCCCAGGUGAAGGAGGAAUGCAUCGACAUCAACAAUACAUUCUGAUGAGUGAUGACAAUGUAGGGGUGACCAUGAAGUGUAAAUGUGUGAUCCUUUGGAGGCCUAUCCUUGAUUUUGUUGUUUUACUGUAAUAUUGUAAGAAAGUUUCUGUUGGUGUUAUCACUCUUGUACAGAGUCCAACAUGAUGUGCAGUGAAGAUUCAGUCACCAAACUGUCAUUCUACAGAGUUCAUUCUGACCAAGGACACGUGCAACUCAUACAAAAUUUUCAAAUGUACUUUUUUUUUAGAUUAUU